UGACAGUAGCGGGUAGAAUCACAGAGAGAAUCAGGAACCCAAAUUUUACGUCAAUUGAUCUAUUUCCCCUCUUUGUUUCUUGGGGCAUUUUUCCUUUUUUUUUUUUCUUUUUUUUUUUGAUCCCUCCUUAGCUUUUCAUGCGCUCAUAAACCAAAUUAACCCCACCCCCUGUAACAGGGGGGCAGUGACCAAAGCAGAAGAGCACACAAAGCCGGCCACUUCCACCGCCACGUCCUGCCCCCCGCCAUUUAUCGCCCUUGAUUUGAUUUUUGUUUUUAGUCUGUCCCUGUCGCUUGGGUUGAGUUGAGAGUGGAGCCUCCCUGGGGCACUGGCCACUGUGCCCCCACGGAGAAGUCAGCGGGGAAUUGAGAAGGCCGCUGCCCGGCCUGGCUUCCCGGGACUGUGGCUGGUCCCUGGAGGUCCUGAGGGGCGGAGGAGGGGGCGGGGCGGUGUCUCCCCAGGUGUCAGGAGGGUGCUCGGAGGCCACCAGGAUGGAAGGGGAAGGGACUGUGGAUGUGUAGACAGAGGGGCUCCAUCAGGCUGGAGCAGGUGGUCGCCUUCCGCACACUUGGGGAGCCUUCCCCGUCCCCCUCGGUGACACCUUGCCCGCUCUUCAGCACCCUACCUUGUUCCCAGGAGAUCUGGAGCUCCGCAGGGUCUCCUGGGAGCCAGGUGGGGUGAGGUCGGGCAGCAGGGGAGGUCAGCAGGGUUGAGCCCUGCAGAGCAGGAGAGCUGUCGAGGUCUGUCCAUCGACCGGGGUCACUUGGGCCCUGAACCCGGCGGGUCUGGCAGUGCCAUAGCAGCCACCAUUGCAGUGCCUAGGACUGUGCAGGGACCCGGGCGGCUGGGAGGUUUACCUCACCCCCACUUUUGCCCCCAGCGCAGCCCCCCUGCACGACAGUCUGACUAGCAGUCUAGAGGCCCGAGGCUUCUGGGUCCCAGUGACGGGGCUGGCAUGACCCUGGGGGCGGUCCAUGUCAGCCCACCCACAGCACAGAGGGUCCCUCAGCAAGCGCCUGGAGAGUGGGCCAUUCGGAACAUUGGACAGAAACCCAAAGAAUAAAAUUGCUGUAAUUGGAGAACCCAAACGAUUGGCCCGAGAUCCAAAAGACUUUGAGGCACCCCAAAUUGCCUGCCCAUUCGAUGGGUGCUCUGGGGGCGCUCGCUGACCACCCUCUGUGUGCCCACUUUUGCAGCUCUCCCCUGGGUCACCAACCAUCUUGACCCGGGCUCCCUGUCUGACCUCCCGAGCCCCAGCUGUGGCCCUCCAUCUGUCUCUUCCCCGUGUUUCCCCUACUGUCUUCAGCGGGACCCCCUCUUGGGUCCCUCCCUUUGCCAUCUCCUGAAGACCCCCCCACGCGCUAAACACCAAAUGUCACCUAUGCCUGCUGUCUCAGCCCAUCUUGCAGCGGCCCGUGUUUGCCUCAACUUGACUCCUUUAACAUGCUCAUAUUUCUGGCAAAAUCCAAUGCUUGGGUUUUGUCUUUAACCUGUAACGCUCGCAAUCCCAAUAAAGCAUUUAAAAUUA